AAUAACUUGAGCUACGCGGACGACAUGGUGCUGCUGAGCCCUUCGGUUGGUGGCUUGCGCCAGUUAUUAAAGAUAUGUGAGACUUACGCUGCUAAGCACGGUCUAAAAUAUAAUGUGAAAAAGAGUGAAUUCAUGGUGUUUCGAGGAAAGAACAAAUUACCAAAUUCUAUUCCUCCUCUUACAUUGAAUGGGGCAAUUUUGAAACGUGUAUCUCAGUUCAAGUACCUUGGGCACAUAGUCACAGAGGAUUUAAAGGAUGACAAAGACAUAGAGAGAGAGCGUAGGGCAUUGGCGAUUCGUGGCGGGGUGCUGACCCACAGAUUCGCUCGUUGUACUGCGCAGGUAAAACUAACCCUAUUUAAAGCCUACUGCCAAAGUUUCUACACGAGUGGUCUGUGGACCAGUUUCACGCAGCGGUCCCUUGGUGCCCUACGAGUCCAAUAUAAUAACAUUUUCAGGGCUCUAUUUCGACUACCUCGGUACUGUAGUGCCUCGGGCAUGUUCGCGGAUGCUCAUAUUGACGAUUUUCACUCAAUUAUGCGCAAAACAACUGCGUCUGUGUUACAAAGACUGAGGACAAGUGGGAAUGGAAUCCUGAAAAUGAUUGCUGAGAGGCUGGACUCAGCCGUCUAUGGUCGCUUUGUUGACUUACACAUUAGGCAUGUGAAGCUAUACAGCGUCCAUAGAUAAAGAGUCAAUAUACAGAACCCAUGAUGUACGACUAACAUAUUUCUAAGAACAUUGUUACUAACUCUACUACUAAUAUAGUCUCUAAGUUCAAAUUGUUACUAACCAAACUAUGGA